AUGCAGCCCAACUAUCAAGUCGCUCCCGAUGGGACGCGAAUGUGGCUUCUCCAUAUCGGCAAUCUCGUGGCCGAUGAAGGCGUUUUCCUCCCCUUUCCAUCCAAUCUCAGAGAACAAAAGACGACAUCUAGUCAUGAUCUCUGUUCUUAUCGACAUCCUGAAGAUGGCCUCUUCCUUUACGAAACAGGCGCAGGCAAGGAUUACCCAGAGGUAUGGGGUCCCCAGCUUGCGGACAUAUUUGCUAGAGGCGAGCAUAGCGAGGACUUGGAGCUCGACGCAGCUAUCAAGAAGACUGGCCAUGACAUCAAGGACGUCAAGGGUGUGAUUAUUGGGCAUUUGCAUUUGGAUCAUGCAGGUGGAUUGGAGUACUUUAAAGGUACUGAUGUGCCUAUUUACGUUCAUGAGAUUGAACUCAAAAAUGCCUUUUACAGUGUCGCGACUAAGGUAGACAUUGGAGUUUAUCUACCAACCUAUCUCCAAUUCGACCUAAACUGGACGCCCCUCUACGGCGACAGCAUCCUCAUCGCACGCGGUAUAACACUGCAUUUAUGCCCCGGUCAUACUCCAGGCCUUUGCAUCAUGCAAGUCAACUUGAAGGAAAGUGGUACCUGGAUCUUUACCUCGGAUUUGUAUAUUGUGCAGGAGAAUUAUGAUAAUCUUAGCACUCAGGGUUGGUUGACGAGAGAUCAUGCUGCUUGGUCUCAGUCUAAUCAGUUGGUGCACAUGUUGCAGAAGGCGACGGGGGCGAAGGUCAUUCUUGGGCAUGAUCGAAAUGUUUUGAUGAGGCAUAAGCUUGCUCCGGAGUACUAUGAGUAG